UUCAUUUUAUCUGAGUACUGUUGAGAGAGGCAAUCUUCUUGUAAGGAUUACAUCUUGUCAGGAUAUUUGAUUGUUUUCAAAUCUCAUGUUAUCUUGUUGGCGCCUAACUUACAGUAACAGAUCAUUUGGAACAGAGAAUAUUUCGUUCUAAGUAUUAAUCAAAAUGGAACAAUCAUCACUGUUUAGUUGGUGAUGAAGAUGGUGACUAAUCCGCCUCUAAAAGGUGAAAAUUUACAACGAUCAGUCGUGGAUUUAAUUGCAUUACAAGAUUCAAGAUGUCAAAGACAAGUAUCCAGGACGUCCCUGACCUUCACGUGGCCAUCCGCAAUGGUCAAUUCCAAGACAUUCGUUACAUGGUGACAACAGGGGAAGAUGUCAACAUCCAGGAUCCAGCAGAACAUCGGACGCCUCUAAUGCUGUGUGCUAUGAUAGAACAGGAGGAUUGGGGAGUUGGCAUUGCUAGGCUUCUCCUCGCUAAUGGCGCAAUGGUGGGCCACUCGGAUCGACGCGGUCAGAACGCUCUCAUGACCGCGUGCAUCUACGGACGCCCAGAGCUCGUCAAGGUGUUCCUCAAGGCGGUUGACUAUGACCCUAACCAACGCGACCGAUACAGCAACACCGCGCUCUUCUACGCCGCGUCGAAGGGAAACGAAGCGGUCGUAGAGGCUCUUAUCGAAUCCUUGUUGCAUUUUAGGCUUCCGUUGGAUAAGCCAAAUAAGUGGGGAAUGACACCUCUGUUAGAGGCUUGUCGACAGGGUCACCAGAGAGUGGCACAGAUGCUUGAGGAUCAUGGUGCCUCCAUCGAAGUCAAAGAUUCUAUCCUACAUUGGGGACCGACUGACUGGCGACAUGAUCACGAACAAAGGGUAGUUGAGGAAGCUCCCCGACGAAGGUCUUACGAUAAACCUUGGCUGCGGAAUAAAGACGCUUGGGCCCGCAAACGGACCGUUAGCCUGUCGACAUCACGCAAUGGCAGCGAUGGUUUACCAUCUAUCUCCAUCUCUAGGGCGAGUCACCUCAUGGAAGACGAUGUCUUCUUACCUCCCGCCAUCGUCGUAUCCCUGACGAAAAGCGAAGAUGCCAUUAGUUCACCAAGGAAUUCUUUGCAAAGGGAAAAGAAGCUACCAUCGACAUCGACAAAACGCAGAAUGCUCUUCAAGCCUUGGGUCCAAGACCUUUCAAAAGGACGGGUCAUUACUGCCACUUUUGCCCCAGCGCCAGCAACAUCUGAGACUCUGCAACUGCAUUCUGCGCCGCACUCUUCUUCUACAACCAGUCUUUCUCGGCAGCGAGGAAAGAAUCACAGGAACAUGCAGUCUGACCCUGGACCAGACUACCAACAGAGCCACUUCAAGCAGAUAUUCCAACGCUACGAGAUCCAGUCCUCCGAUUCCUUUCGUCAGUGCGCCAAAACUCCGGAGCACAUGAAAGUCCCUGAUAUCCAACCAAACAUCGAACAAAUGACACCGCGUCAAACCCAUCAUGCAAAUGCGUCUGGGAAAUUGACGCGACAACAGUCACGUUUAAACAUGAGUGGGAGCAGUCGACUGUCCAGCAGCAGUAGUAGUAUAGACCUAAAUGCUGGCAGGAAAUCGAAGGCCGGAGAUCUCCGAACGCGUGAUCGGGGGAGACCGUUUGAAGAUUCGGCGUCUUCGGUGAGUUCGGAAGAUAGUUCGGCGGCUCGGAUGAUGAUGAAUGCUUUCAGGAGAAGGAAAGGUAAUUCUGUGCCACCAGCAAUGGGAGACAAGCAAGGAUGAAGACCCCCUGUUAAUAUGAUACUAUGAUAGCAUAAAAAUCAAUUUUGAUAUUUUGAAACAAUCACUACCCCCUAAAAGACAAUCAUUGUUGAGAAUAAUCUUUGUAUUUUGGACAAUCUCGAACUUCGUUGACAUCGAUCGUUUUUUUUUUCUUCAAUUUUUUACGACAAUAAUACUGAAUCCUUUUAACGCAGUACAUUUAUUCUAACGCGUUAUCAUUUCUGAUACCACUGCGUGAUUGUAAUUUAUAAACUCCAUGUAAUUUAAUUACAUUCAUAGAUGCAGCUAUGGUCAUGAGAGUAAGUCUAAUUAAAGUCGACGCAAAUUAAUAUCUCCUCUGUCAAAUAUCGAUUAGUUUGAUAAGUCGUGCGAUCGAAAAUUAAAGACGGGUUGUUACACAAGGACGAUUCAACCAGCGCAUGCCGACGCAAACACGGCAUGUUGUUUUACCAUAGCCAUAAUAGUUGAAACGGGCCCAGUAUUUGGUCUGUUCCAAACGAUUUUCUCAUUUGGGUUUUCCCAUACCUUCGCAAAUAGAAAAUUAGUCACUUUUGACUGAAUUGUUAACAUAACAUUCUAGACUAACUGACCUUAAACAUGUUAAAAUAAACAAAAUAAUUAUUGUCUACUACAUCUCCCGAACACCGGGACAACUAAUACUCUAAAAUAUGAUGCGCAUAAUUUUAGUGAAAAUAGGAUGUUUUGAUAAUGGGAUAUUUGAAUAGACAUUUCGACUCGAAUCGUGAUAAUUCGAGGAUCCGAUAUAUAAUCUAGUGAAAUCUGGCUAGAUUGCCUUUAGAAUGUUUAUGUAAUUCUAUUAUAUGUUAUCCAUUAGAAAAUAAUUUCCCUAAAUUUUCUCUCGCUAUCAUAUUUUCUGUUAUGAAGCAAAAUGUGACCAAAAUUACCGCACCGAUAUUGUGAAAUUUCGAUAUUCUAUUAGUCUAAGUUAUUCCUUUUCUCAGGGAACUUACUGCUGCUUGAAUGAAGCUGUCAAAAUGUCUGUAUAGCUUUCAUAGACUCGGUUAAAAAGCGCAUGAUUUUUUUUAGUGUGAUAUUGAUAUUUUGUCCUAUUUUGGGGGGGAUUAGCUUAUCUUGUUUAUAGUAAAAUGGCUUCAUUUGAUAAAUUAUUUCAUACCAACAGAUAUGUGCUUAUAAUAGAUAUGUUAGUCUAAUAAGAAUAACAAAGGAAUUGUAGAUGUUAUUGAGGUUUUACUGAUUUCAAUUGUGUGUUUGUCAAAAGCGUAUAUAGAUUCGUUUUGGUCAAUAAUUUUGACCUUAAAACGAAGAUUAUGGAGAACAAAAUACACUUGAAACAAAUACAAAACUUUAAUGCCUUGAAAGUGACUGUGCCUUUAGGAAUGAUUGACUAUUUCAUAAAU